CCCGGCUCUUCCUCGCCGAGUCCCUCCGAUGCCCGGCCGGACCGCAGGGGACUGGCCCACUAACCCGGACGAGGGAACCUGCGCAUCCCGAACUGCUGAUGCAGAGAUCGAGAACGAGGCUGAGCGACUUCACCUGCCGACCCACGCGGCGCCAUGGACCAGCCUCUGACGGUGAAUUCUCUGAAAAAGUUAGCUGCCGGGCCGGACCACACCGACGCGUCCCUGAGUCCGGAGGAACGUGUCCGGGCCCUGAGCAAGCUGGGCUGCAACAUCACCAUCAAUGAAGACAUCACCCCGCGCCGCUACUUCCGAUCGGGGGUGGAGAUGGAGCGAAUGGCGUCCGUGUACCUGGAGGAGGGAAACUUGGAAAAUGCCUUUGUCCUCUAUAAUAAGUUUAUCACCCUGUUUGUAGAAAAGCUGCCCACUCACCGCGACUACCAGCAGUGCGCAAUCCCCGAGAAACAGGACAUCAUGAAGAAACUGAAGGAGAUUGCCUUUCCAAGGACAGAUGAAUUGAAGAAGGAUCUUUUAAAGAAAUACAACGUAGAAUACCAAGAAUGCUUGCGGAGCAAAAACAAAUACAAAGCAGAUGUGCUCAGGAAGCUGGAGCACCAGCGGUUGAUAGAGGCGGAGAAGCAGCGGAUUGCGCAGAUGCGGCGGCAACAGCUGGAGACCGAGCAGUUCAACUUCUUCGAGGACCAGCUCCGGAAGCAAGAGCUGGCCCGAGACCAGCUGCGCAGCCAGGAGGCCCCGGCGCUGUCCGAGCAGACUGACGGCAAUGCUCUGCCUUGCUUCGGCCCCCACCAGAACAGCCACUCCCUCUUUUCCGAGCUAGCCCCUAAAAACGAUGUGCCAACAUAUGCUGGCCAGUCGCCACCGGUGAACAGGGCGUUGAAACCAGCCGCCACGCUGAGCGCUGUCCAGAACCUGGUGGUCGAGGGCCUGCGCUGUGUCCUGAUGCCCAAGGAUCUUUGUCACCGGUUCCUUCUCUUGGCUGAGUCAAACACAGUGAGGGGCAUAGAAACCUGUGGAAUUCUCUGUGGAAAACUGACGCACAACGAGUUUACAAUCACCCACGUCAUCGUGCCCAAGCAGUCGGCCGGCCCGGACUACUGUGACGUGGCCAACGUGGAGGAGCUCUUCAGCGUCCAGGACCAGCACAGCCUCCUCACCCUGGGAUGGAUCCAUACGCACCCCACGCAGACGGCCUUCCUGUCCAGCGUGGACCUCCACACGCACUGCUCCUACCAGCUCAUGCUGCCCGAAGCCAUCGCCAUCGUCUGCUCGCCCAAACAUAACGACACGGGCAUCUUCCGACUCACCAACGCCGGGAUGCUGGAGGUGUCGGCCUGUAAGAAGAAGGGCUUCCAUCCCCACACCAAGGACCCCAGGCUGUUCAGUACGUGCAAGCACGUGGUGGGCCGAGACAUAAGCAUCACGGUGCUGGACCUGAGGUGAUGAGCCCCGAAGACGGACGCCCUGGCCCUCGCCGACGCGUGGCUGCCAGACUUUCUUAAGAAGUUUUCAGAACUGACGUUUUAUAUUUAUACAUUUUAGAUCAGAUGGUUUGAUAUUUAUUGCUUUCACACACUUUGCCGUUUUCUUUGGGGAACGUUCCAACUCGAGACAGAACUCAUGGUGACGGUCAACUGGAAUCUCCUCGUGUACCAAAAAUAAUAAAUCGAGUUGCACCCAGCA